AUAUCGUAUUGCAUUUGGGUGGUUGUGAUGUGAUGCUUUUUAUCAGAAAUUGAUUGUUUCUUACAUUCAUUUUUAUAUCUUCAUUUCAAAUCAAAUUGUUUCAGUUUCUUGGACCCGCGGUUUUGUCAUUUUAUUGCUGUAGAUGUAUGAAGUGUCCCACACAUAGGCGAAAUAUUUUGAUCAUGUUCGAAUCUGUCCUCUGCAUUUCUACUUUUUGAGAAAAAAAUUUGAUAACUUUAUACUCUGUCUCUAUAUUCAGUUGAUUUGGCAUGGUGAUCAUCUUAUAAUUUCUAUAUUCUAUUUUAUCUCUAUAAUCUUUUAAACAUGGGAGUUGUAUCAAGUACACUGAAUACUUAUUGUCCAAAAGUAGUGCACAAUUUCUAUUCCACCCUCGCCAAGAAGAGGAAAAGGAGCUACGACUGUUACGAUGAUGAUGAAGUGGAUUUAGAAGACAUUUUGGACAAACCAAAAAGGACAAAGUUGACAAGUACAUCACAGUAUAUUUACAACACACUGUUCCUGGAAAGUCGGGACCAUGAUGUUGAGGUCGAGAUGCUUGGCAAAGUAUGGAAGCUUCACAAAGUCUACCUGUUGCAAAGUCCAUAUUUUGCAAGUAUGUUCUCCGGAUCGUGGAAUGAAUCUGGGAAAUCACAGAUCAAAAUUGACUUGACUGAUCAAAAUAUCACCGAAGACGCCUUAGAAAUCGUGUUAGGGUCCUUAUACCAAGACAGAGUAACAUUGAAGCCACGCAGAUGUGAAGAGAUAUUGGCAACUGCAGUUAUGUUUCAACUGGAUGAACUCAUCAACAAAGUUUCUCGAUUGAUGAUCACGAACACAAAUGCAUUGACUGUUCUAUCAUAUUAUGAAGUUGCAUGCAUGUAUGGCAUACAAGACUUGAAAGAUGCAGCUUUUAGCUGGCUCUUGUUAAACCUCAUCACUUACUACUCAUGUAACUUCGACAGAUUACAAAAAAUAAGCUUGGAACUCAUGAUAUCACUUUUGACGCAUGACGAUUUGUGUGUGGUCCAAACAGAAUUUUCACUUUAUCUACUUCUACGAUCCUGGUUGUUCAUGCAGAUAGAGAAAGACUUAGAAUUUCAAGCCAACAGUUUUGAUGAAAAUGCAACUGUCCAUAAUUUUUUUAGAACACUUCCUAAGGACGGUGUCGCCUAUCUUGACACUGCAGAGGGCAAGCAGUACGUAGAACUAUUCAGGAGCAUUCAUUUGAGAGACAUAGUUCUUCAUUAUGAGGAUAUUGAAAUUUUGAAGGAAGAUAACAUUUUACCAAAGUCGUGGUUCAGUUCAUAUUUUGAGGAACACUGGAAGGACCUCCUCAAAGUGAAUCAAAUUGUUGCCCGAGUACCGAGAGCCCCAGACGUUCCUGAAGAGGAGUUUAACACAACUUGCUUACGCUAUGGUCGAGUCUUCACUUACACAAAGUGUUGUUCUUGGAAGUGGAAUAACUUUGACCAUGGUCUUCAUUUACUGUGGACAGUCAGUCAAGAUGGCAUCGCAGUUGGGCGAAGCUAUGCUUUCGAUAACUACAUGCCAUACAGAACUGGUUACCUAAACACGUUCCUGUUUUAUAAGGUGUCAGCGUAUAUUGUUAACCAGCAUCGUCAGCUGGUGAGACAGGUGUCCUCUGGGUAUGAGAAAAUCAAUCUCUAUUCGCAUAUGAAGCUUCUGGAAUUUCCUAAAGCGUUCCUCAAACUGAACUCCACACUAGUCAUAAGUGUCAAAGUGCUCAUCAAACCUAGCGAACCAAACAACUAACACAAUGUUCCCUUAAAUUAAGGCAUUUACAAGCCCCAGAUCAGCCACCAUUACAGUGGUGUAUUUCACCAAUGAGGCGAGUCGUGUCAUGGCUAACUUCAAGUAUUAAGAGUGUUUUCUUUUGCUGUGAUCGUAAGAGGACAUCCCUUGACUAACAUUUUUUUCUCAUUUUAUUCAUUCAUGUUGCUUUCAUGUGAUAUUAGAAGGGUUGAAAUAUUACAUUGGUGGAAUUUUUGUGAAACAUUUCUGGAAAUGUAUGAAAUACAAUGAAAAAGAUGUACUUUUUGGAUUGCAGAUUGUGUCCCAGUUCUAAAAAUAUUCGGAAGUCUGCUAGAAUUGCUCUGUAACUUAUUUUUCGUUUUUUAAUGUUUCACACUUUAAGGGAAAUGAAAUGCCAAGAAGUAAGGUGUUUCUAAAUCAAGUUGCGCACCCAACUCCUGAGAUGGAUACUUCCCAUUUUUCAAAAGUCUCACAGUCACAUGAAAUUUCAUACAAUGUUUCACAAAAGUUUUCAAUUCACAUUUCUGUCUUCUAUUUCAUGCCAUUUAAUAUUUAUGCCCAAUCAGCCACUUCAUCACUCCGUUACUGUAUUAGCCUCUCAAAUAAGUUCUUGUGUAAUUCAAAGUCCUGAAGUAAUUCUUCCUGAGGUCUGCAUGUGGUUAAAAAAGCCUUCAGUGCAUCAAUAGGUGGUAUGAAACAUCUGCAAAGCAAUCAUUAUGCAGAUUCUGAAUAGUAGUAACCUAUCUAGUAUUGGAGGUCACACCUAGAUGUAAAGGUACUCUACUUUUACGCAAUGAAUGUAAAUUAAUGGGUGCAUCAAGCGCCCAUACCAAGAAGAAGUGAAAUUUUCCACCAAAAAAAAAAUCUAUUUUGAACAGUCGUAACAGCAAUUUUAGCUUUUUACAACAGUAGUAAGGGUAUGUUCUGAUUUUCAUUGGAACUUUGUAUACAUUUGUUGUUUUGGGAAAAAAAUGGACCUUCCAUGCUUGGACAGGGCUUCUAUCAGAAUAUUUUUUAUCUAUAAUUUCGCCAAUUUCUGAAAGUUAUUUCUGUUGAGGUGAAUUUUUUAUCCUCCUAUCAGCCAUUUGAUACAGCCGAGCAAUAGGAAUCUCUCUAUACAAGUAUAUUUAUCAAUAUUGAACAUCCAACAUGUUAGAAGUUUUCUAUUAUUAUAAAAUUACUCGUAAGUUUAGAAAAAACUAUAACUCAGUUAAUUGAAAUUUACCAAGGUUUAUUAGCGGGUCAACCUAAGUUUUUUUUUUAUUUUUGCAGUACUGCAGGUUAUAAAAUUGAUUUAAAGUAAGCAGAUGUUUCUUUAAAUAGAAAGAGAGUUCAGAUUUUAGUCAGAAAAUCUUUUGAAUUAAUUGAAAAUUCCAAAAGUAGAAGUUUUUUGUAUCCCCAAAAAUUAUUCCAGGAUAUUUUUAAUUUAUUUAAUGAUUGGCAUGUAGACAUAUUUGUUUAAUUAAUAUGAAUUACAGUUACAAACAUUUGAUUUGAAUAUUGUGAGAGGAAAUAUCAAGCCGGCUAAAAGGGUUUUUUAUCUCAAUCUGCUGUUCGCCAAUAACAGUCUCGUUCAGAUUGCCAAUGGCUGAAAGUCAUGCAGAAGGGCUCUGAUUUACUUAUUUUCAUCAUUAUAGGUUAUGCUUAUUUGAUUUGCGGACAGCUGCAACCAGCAAUAUUUGGGCUUAAGGGAGUUUUCUGUAAACUUCCUCUACUUUUGUGGACUCCAAAACUAGGUUGAGGGUGAGAGAGCACAAAAUCUUAAGGGUACUGCCUUUGAAACAAGGUUGUCUUUCCUUUGUCUUCCUUUUGAUUUUUCAAAUAAAUCUUUGUUGUUUCUGUCUACCUUCAUUUCCAAAGAAAAAAAAAAGAAAUAUGUUCCCCAAACGGAAUACCAAGAGAAGUCGAUUUGUAAAUUAUUCAAGUGAUGUUUGAUUGAAUUAUGUUGUGUCUUUCAGAUUCCUCUUCCUUUAGUUUUUGUUUGAGUUUUCAGUUUGAUUUUUAUCUGUAUGAAAAAACCCCCGUCAUGUUGAUUAGCUCUUGACUUCAGAGAAAAAAUUGUGACACGUUUUUUUUUCCUAGAAACGAGUGACUUUAGACUGGAUAAACGUGGGAAACUUUGUUAUUAAUUUUUUAGUCCUCUUAAAUGAAUGUAUUUUUUCAAUAUUUUUUCGAAAGAGUUUGUGUUGGAUGCCUCAGCCAAAAUACACAGGGUGUCCCAAAAACCUUGGGCCUCUACCUACGAAGACAAAGCCUUGAUGACCUUUUCAGCGUCUGUUCACAGCCGAGAGAGAGACUUGGUGACAAGACUUUCAGGACACCCUAAGCAUAUCUAAGAGUGGAAGUCUUCACCCACUUCCGAGAGCUGCUAGGAAAAAAGUUUGUGUCAUAAUUUGCCAGUGGUUUACGCUUGUAUGACUCAAAAUGAGUAGACUAAAAGCUCAAAUCCUGUUCUUCUAUUUCUUUGUUUAUUUUCGCAUUUAUAUUUACUUAAUAUUUUCUGUUUGCGUAUUUUCAACAAAUGUGUGCCUGUUAUUCUUAUGUUGGACAUAGUCUGAACCAAACUCAAAAUUCGGGAAAAAUUGUGUGCAAUAGUUGAAAAUCAGACUUAGGAGAUCAGAGCCGAUUAAAUUGUUUCUUCAAUUUCAGUAAAAAAUACUCAAUUGAAAUAUGGGUUAAAAUCUGAAGGACUUUCGGCCCCUAUUUGAUCUCCUCUUUUCAAUCAAUGUACAAUGCAUUUGGUUAUGCUCAUACGAAUGGUUUGAGCACAGGAAUCUUGGAGACCAUUAGUUUCUUGACUUUCGUAUUUUCUAAAAAAUCAGAAAAUUUUCUCAUUCAGAUAAAAAAUUGUGUUUUGCAAAAACUUUUCCUCCAAGGGAUCUCCCAUUUGGUGCACCACCAAUUGAACCAGCUAGGAGAGUAACUGCGGACGCAUUUUAAGUCUAGUGUUAUUGUAGUCUCGGGUCUUUGCGAUUUUUCUUCUAUAUAAGAGAGUGUCUGUUUUAUCAGAAAAUACAUGCACAUUAGCCAAGAAACUAACUGCCUGUAUUUUUUAAUUUAUUGUCCAUUCUCAAAAUAACAUUAUACUUACGACACCUUGGUGUUUCCAUUAUUUCCUUGAUAUUGUUUAGAUAAAUAAUAAACAAAAUAGAUUUGUUUCCAUUUUGUUAGUUUAAGAGGUCUUCCAAACUACACAUUGUUAUCAUUGCAAAGUGCCAUAAAGGAAUGAGAUAUCUUCGUCUUAUGAACACAAUAUUUUCAAAUAUUUAUAAUUUUCUGUCAAACUUUAUGCUCUAGCAGAGGUAAUGCUGCAUUAUAUAUUAUCAUAUUUUCAUUCGCUCCUUCUCUUCCUUUAAACGGCUCCAUAAUUUUUCCUCGUAUUAGGAAGUAAUCUAAAUGUUAUUCAAACUAUUUAUGUGUAAUUAUUUCAUCGUAAAUUUACUUUAAUGUCUGAACGUUGUAUUAUUUUUCCAACUCUCAAUUUUUUAUCACUCUAUAGUAGGUUUGCACCUUUAUAUUAUUAUCUUUCUGUAAGUAGCUAUUCAUAAUCUAGAGUUUAAAUUUGUUAUUUUUGAAUUUAAUUUUUAUUGAAAUGUAUAUGAUGCAUUGUUAUAACUUUGAAUCGAGGCGUUGAUACUUUCCCUCUUUGAAUAAAGCGGACUUCAUUGAAAAAAA